ACCUAAUAACCUGGGUGCCCUGAACGUCACUCUCCAAACUUGGUCCGUCAUACCAAAUCCUGGAAGCUUUGAAGUGAGCAUAACUUCCCCUUUCCCUCGUCCUCGCCCUCGCCAUCACUCUCUCCACUACCUCCACCAAAUCUCCCGAUUCCAGUCACAGCCUAGACUUUUUCCUAGCUCAUUACCCGUCGCGUCCAUACAACUUUAAGUCUAACCACAAAACACUCGCAGUGUCGAGAUCAAUACUUGAAUAUUCCAUUCGCUCCGACCAUCCAAAGCCUACACAAUGAAGUCCAGUAUCUUCGUCGCCGUGGUUGGCACCACGCUUGUCGCGGCACAGAACUUCCCAUCCGGGUUCCCAGAGUGCGGCGUCACCUGCAUCAGGAACAUGCUCGCCAAGGCCGGCGAAUUCAACUGCCAGGCCAACGACGCUGCUUGUCUCUGCGGUGUCCAGAACUUCAAGUUCGGUGUGCGUGACUGUGCCUACCAGUCCUGCGGAGAUGACAAUGCCGCAGCGCAAGUCGUCGAUUGGGGUAACCAGUACUGCGCCAACGUCGGUGCUGGUGGCUCUGGUGGCUCUGGUGGUUCUGGUGCAUCCGGCACUGGUGCUUCCGGUGGUGCCGGCGCUUCUGCCACGUCUGGCGGAUCUGGUGGUGGUGGUGGUGGUGUUGGCGGAGGGGGGGGAACGGGUGGAGCGGGCGGUUCCGGUUCCGCGAUCACUACCUCUGCGAUCGAGACUGUUAUCACCAGCGGUUCAUCCACCUUCACGUCCACGAUAGGAUCGACGACCAUCUACGGUGGUGGCUCAGGCGGUGGCUCAGGCGGUGGCUCAAGUGGUGGCUCAAGUGGUGGUUCCGGUGGUGGUUCUGGUAGUGGUUCCUCGGGAGUCCAUACCAGCACCUUCACCACCACUGGAACUAGCGACUCCUCGACUUUCACUAGCACUGGAACAACGACUAUCUCUGGUACCGGUGGCGGUGGCGCCGGUGGCGCCGGUGGUGCCGGGGGUAGUAACAGUGGUUCCCAUGCUGCAACCACGUCGGCUAUCGUCUCAACCAUCACUAGCGGUGGUUCGACCUCGAAGACCACUGUCGGAUCUACCACGGUUUCCUCGGCGGGUACUUCCUCGAGCGGAACCAACGCUGCAGUGGGUGCGUACAAGACCGGAUCGCCAGCUGGCUUCUUUGCCGCUGCUGGUAUUGCCGCCAUGCUGCUCUAGUUCGAGGGUUUUCUUUCAAUUGAUGCGUUAUGAAGGGCCAGGGAUGGAAUUGGGAGCCGACCCAAUGAUUCAAAUAUUAAUGCUGGGAUGGAGUCAGGAAACGUGGAUCUGGGUCUCUUAACCGGUCGCUAGGAGGGCUGGCUUCAUCCGCUAUACGUACAUACCGUCGUGUGAAGAUAAAUACCCAUGAUGGUGGAUGGCAUUUGCGUUGCUUUCUCACUCUCAUUGAAGGACCAAGGUUAAUAAUAGAUAGAACCCUGGUCAUUGCCAGGGAAUGGUACGAAUGACCAUUUUCUGAUACGCUUUCGAGUCACUUUGAGUGCUGAACGGCGAUGCCUCGUUCUCUACAAAAAUACGGUAUACCGGUUUGUCUAGCUUUUCAAUGUUUGUUCUUGAGAUGCCAGUCGAGACUACUAUCACGCGGUCUUCCUUUCUCUAUCCGGGACGAUACGCUAG